AGACAAAGCGAGGCACAGCUAGCGGCCCACAUCUCAGUCUUGACAGCCACCCCGGAGGAGGGCUGGGGAAACUGAGGCUUGGGUCUGGUCAAGAUCACCAGAGGGGUCUCUGGCCUCUCCCCAGCCCAGGCUCUGCUUGCCGGCGCCUUGAGCACUCCAGACCCCAGGAGGCGCAUUGUUCUGUCUGGGUGGUUUGACCUUCACGGUCCCGCCACCCCGGCCUCCGCCGUUAGGGGCGCAGGGGGGACCCCAGCUGCGUGGGCGGCGCCUCCCAGUCAGACACGGGAACCGAGAAGUUUUCUCUCCUGCCUCUCCGGUCACUCAGACCCCCUCCCCUCCUAACUAGGACCUUCCAGCCCGGGCCGCGUCACCGGCUGCGGGAGUCUCCGGGCGUCCCUCCCCUUGACCCUCCCCGGCCCGGACUCGGUCCCCGGCGGCCUCCCGGGCUCAGCUUCUCCUGAAGCGCAGUCCCCUGGGGGAGGCCACGCUGCUGGGGUGAGGGGCCGGGAUUCCCUGUCCCUGUCGUAGCCUCAGUUUCCCCCGUCUGCAAACUGAGCGCUUGAAGCCAGCGGCCACCGAGGUGGCCCCAGCCCUUGGAGUGUCGCUGUCUUCGCGCUGGGAGCCGGGGGGAUACCUGACCGUCCCCAGCGGCCGGGGCAGGGGUCCGCGCUGCGGCGGCGCGCACACCUCGGUUCUCACGCCCUUGCCUGGCCGCCUGUGCACUUGGUUUUGCUCUUGGGCCGGGACGCAGGGGCUCCAGCAGCUGAGGCCGGAGACUGCUGGUGCAGAGAAGGAAAGUCACAGGAGGAAUUCCACUGCUGAGGGGCAACUUGGAGGGACUGAAGAACACGGGCCUCAGGUCUGUUUGGGAGCCCCGCUACUGAGCCAUGCCGGGCCCCCACAGGCCGGCCACAAGUCCAGCCCGGGGAGGCCGGUGGCCAUGAGUAGCCGCAGCCACAAUGGCAGCGUGGGGCGGCCCCUGGGCAGCGGGCCUGGAUUCCUGGGCUGGGAGCCGGUGGACCCGGAGGCAGGCCGCCCCCCGCAGCCCGCCCAAGGCCCAGGCCUGCAGAUGGUGGCCAAGGGCCAGCCUGCUCGAAUGUCACCUGGUGGCCCCAGGGGCCAUCUGCAGGAGCAGGAGGAAGAGGAGGAAGAGGAAGACGAGGAGACCCGGCCGGGCUCUGGGAAGCCCCCGACGGUCAGCCACCGCCUGGGCCACCGCAGGGCCCUGUUUGAGAAGCGGAGACGUCUCAGUGACUACGCCCUCAUCUUUGGCAUGUUUGGGAUUGUCGUCAUGGUGACAGAAACAGAGCUGUCCUGGGGUGUGUACACCAAGGAGUCACUGUACUCAUUCGCCCUGAAAUGCCUGAUCAGCCUGUCCACCCUCAUCUUGCUCGGCCUUGUCAUCCUCUACCACGCCCGAGAGAUCCAGCUGUUCCUGGUGGACAAUGGUGCUGACGACUGGCGCAUCGCCAUGACGUGGGAGCGUGUGUCCUUGAUCUCGCUGGAGCUGGCCGUGUGCGCCAUCCACCCGGUGCCCGGCCACUACCGCUUCACGUGGACAGCGCGGCUGGCCUUCUCGCUGGUGCCGUCGGCUGCUGAGGCCGACCUGGACGUGCUCCUGUCCAUCCCCAUGUUCCUGCGCCUCUACCUGCUGGCUCGCGUCAUGCUUCUGCACAGUCGCAUCUUCACGGACGCGUCCAGCCGCAGCAUCGGGGCCCUCAACCGCGUCACCUUCAACACGCGCUUCGUCACCAAGACGCUCAUGACCAUCUGCCCCGGCACCGUACUGUUGGUCUUCAGCAUCUCCUCCUGGAUUGUCGCCGCCUGGACAGUGCGCGUGUGUGAGAGGUACCAUGACAAGCAGGAAGUGACCAGCAACUUCCUGGGAGCCAUGUGGCUUAUCUCCAUCACCUUCCUGUCCAUCGGCUACGGAGACAUGGUGCCUCACACCUACUGUGGGAAGGGCGUGUGUCUGCUCACCGGCAUCAUGGGAGCAGGCUGCACUGCCCUCGUGGUGGCCGUGGUGGCCAGGAAGUUGGAGCUCACCAAGGCCGAGAAACACGUGCACAACUUCAUGAUGGACACGCAGCUCACCAAGCGGGUCAAAAACGCCGCUGCAAACGUUCUCAGGGAGACGUGGCUCAUCUACAAACACAGCAGGCUGGUGAGGAAGCCAGACCACGGCCGGGUGCGGAAACACCAGCGUAAGUUCCUCCAAGCCAUCCAUCAGGCUCAGAAGCUGCGGAGUGUGAAGAUUGAACAAGGGAAGGUGAACGAUCAGGCCAACACGCUGGCCGACCUGGCCAAGGCGCAGAGCAUCGCGUAUGAAGUCGUGUCGGAGCUGCAGGCCCAGCAGGAGGAGCUGGAGGCGCGCCUGGCCUCGCUGGAGAGCCGCCUGGACGCCCUGGGCGCCUCGCUGCAGGCCCUGCCCGGCCUCAUCGCCCAAGCCAUUUGCCCCGCGCCGCCGCCCUGGCCGGGGCCGAGCCAGCCGGCGCCAGCCACCCGGAGCCCGCUGGGCCGCUGCCUGCCCUCCGUGGGGUCGGACUGCAGGUGACCGUCGCCUGCCGGGCUGCAGACUGCUGAGUCCCGGCGUCGUGCGCCCGCGGCUGGCUCCGGACCUCUGCACUUGCGGGCCUCGCAGGAGCUGAGCAGGGGGCACUGGCAUCGGCUCCCCGAGGCUGGACCGUGGGUCCCGCCGGCCCCCUCGGCUGUCCCCAGCCCCGGAGGGCAAGGAGCAGCGGAACCCGGGAGUAACCCGGGGGUCACCCGGGGGCUGCCGACCGCCUUCCGCUCCCAUGGCCCGGGGGCGCGAGCGUCUCCCCAGACGGGGUGGGCGCAGCCUGCGGGCCCCCGGCGGUGGGCACUGCCGGGCACUGCGUCCCUGUCACAUGCGACGCCCCUUCCUCAGGAUCUGACCCGAGCAGGGAGGCCGCUUGGCCGCAGACACACAGCAGAGGGCGGACAGAUUCCCUCGCCGUCCUGAGGUCAAGGGGCGCGUGGGAGGGUCAGACUCGGAGGCCCCGGGGGCCAGGGCUGGCAGGACGGCAGGGGCCCUCCGGGCCUUGGGGGACACUGGGGUCCCUGACAGGGAGGGUGGCCGGCCGGGACCCCGUGUUGUCUGGGGGGACCCUCGCUGGAGGCCCCGCGUGUGGGCGGAGCUGUGGGCCGGGCCUGGGUCCCCGGCCCGGAGCCCGCGGCGGUGCCGCUCCUGGGGGUGCCCACGGGGCGGUGCCGCUCCUGGGGUUGCCCACGGGGCGGUGCCCCUCCUGGGGUUGCCCACGGGGCCCGGGGAGCACGGGCUCGCCCUGCGCCCUGCAGGAGAAGAGCGGGGCCCAACGGAACCGGGAGGAACGAGCAGGGCGGGCGGAGCGCCGAGUCCCUGGCUGCACAGCGGACUUGGGGGGCAGAAAUAAAGAAGCCUGGGUGACCCGGGCCCCUCGAUGGUGA